GUACGAGAUGCUGGAGGGGCGGCUUGCCCACCCGGUGCCGCCUUCAGUGGGGUCGCCUCUGCCCAAUCUGAGCUCGCGGGCAUGGAGGUCUUUUGGUGGCAAUCUUCAGGCGGCCUUCGAGAUGCUCAUGCGCGACAGCACGCCGGGCCUCAUUGAGGUGAUCGGCACGUUGAACCUGACGGAGGCCAUCGAGCCCUCCACGGCGGCGGCAUUUGAGCGCAAAAAGCGCAAGGAGCGGGAGAUGGCGUCGGAGGAAACAAAGAAGGCAGCGAACAGGGCUCGCAAGCUGCGCCGCAAGCAGAAGAAGGGCGCUGCUGCUGCUCAGGCUGGCGAUGACGAGGUUGACGUUGAG